UUAAGGUUUAAUAUUAAAAAACAAAAUCAUUUGAUAAUUAAGAGAAAAAGCUAAGAAAUAAUAAUAAAUUAUAAAAAAGAUUGUAAAUUAAGAAAGGAAUUAAUCAAUCAAUCAUUCAUUCAUUUAUUUAUUUACAUAAAUACAACAAAAAAGUUAACUCGUUUGGAAAGAAAAUAUUUAGUAAUAAAUAAAUAAAAUAACGUUGUAAAGCAAGUGAUGUAAUAGCCGCCUCUUGGUUAUACAUGGGAAGGAAUUAUAGAUUUUCUUUAAAUUCAUCAGAGCAUAAUGAAGGCUCGGGAAGAUUAAUUUGAUUAAGAAAAGGCAAAGUUUAAUGUAAGGAUAAUCUAGUUAGAAUAAGAAGUAGGAAAUUUAAAAUUAAUUAAUGAAACAAUGAGCUAACGAAUUUCUGAGCUAGAAGUUAGACUUGGAAUCGAAAAUCCUCACUAAAAAAUAAAUAGGUAGGCAGCAUAGCAUGCAAAGGAGGUAAAAUAAAGAAAUCACUAAAGAGUAAAAAGUGAUCAAGUGUAAAAUUUUGUCAAAAUAAAUGAAGAUUUUUCAGUUAAUAGUUCUAUGCUUCAAAAGUAAGCGAAGGCUUCUGGAUUGAGUUUUCAUGUUGGAGGUGGGUCAUCUUCAAUGUCAUUUUAUCAGAAUGGAAGUUAAGUAAACUAAGGAUUGAGUUUAAGUAAUACUUUCGAUGGUAUGACUAGCAAAAGUUUAGUGCACUAGUUUUUGCAAAAGGUUGCUUGUGACCAAGAAGAUUCUUAAAGUAUAUUAAACAGUGAUUAAUUAGGUACAAAACAGCACCACUAAUCAUAAUCUGCGAAUAAUUCUGUGAAUAAUGGAAACUCUAUGAUGAUGUAGGGAGAAUUUGAUUAGAAUGGAAAGUAAAAAAAAUAAAAAAAAUCAACUGGAUCUCAAAAAAAUACUUAUAUCUAUAAUUAGACAACAGUAAAUUCGAUUAACUCAAAUAAUUUUAUCAAUGCCUACAAUAAUUAGCAAAUGUAGAUCAAUUAAACUCUUCAAAACAGCUUUAUUUCUUCUAAUAAGUAAUAAUAAACUCCAUAACACAGCUAAUCUUCUUCAUCAAAUAUUGUAAUCACUCCUUAAUCUGCUAAUAAUGGAUCUCAUCAGUAGUAAGGCUCGAUUAGACUUUAAGAAAAUAUGUCUAAAUCAACUCCUCCCAACUAAUCUUAAUCAUUAAAUCUUCUUUAAAUGUCUCAAUAACUUUAACAGCAACCACAGUAAUAACAGAUAACUUAGACAAACAGUUAAAUAAUACAAUAAUCCUAAGAUCUAACUAGUUCAUAAAAUUUGUCAUAAAAUAAAUCAAAACUUAAAACAAAUAAUCUGCACAUUAACACCAGCAACAACAUGAUUCCUAAUUUUUUAAAUAAUUCAAUUAGUUCUUCUAAUUAAAAUUAUAAUACGAUAACAAAAUCAAUUCCUCUAAGUGCUAAAAAUUCUAAUACCUUUAUGAAUAGCACUAAGUCAAUAAUAACUACUAACGCUACAUCUCCUCAUACAAUGAGUGACUCUUCUAAUGAAAAUCAAAUGAUUACAGGCAAAAAAAUUUGGAAUCCGAAAUGCACUCUUCGUUCGCACUUGGACGGAGUACGUGGACUUUUCUUUACAGCUGUUGAUCCCAUACUAGUAACAGCAAGUGAAGAUUGCUUAAUAAAACUUUGGGAUAUUAGAUAGUUUAAAGAUAGCCACGAAAACUCUUUCUUACAACCUUAUUACACAAUUAGAGGCCACACUGGAUAAAUCUUUGCCUUAACAGGAAACCAAUAAUAAGUUGAUUCUACUAUCAACUACUAGUGUUACAAUUUUAUUUUCUCAGCAGGUAUAGAUGGUGUGAUAAAAGCUUGGAAUUUGCCAUUACCAGAAGAAAUCGAUGCUUUGGGUCCAUCCGAAGGUAAAAAUGUUAGUGUAGGAGAAUGGUAGGCUCAUCAUGAGACAAUAUGGGACUUAAAUCAUCACCCAUUUUAACCAAUAUUGCUCAGCUCAGGAGCAGAUGGUUACAUCAAAUUAUGGAAGACAUUCGUAACGGUUGAUGGCACCAAUUUAAUUAGUUUAUAAUAGGGAGAUUUGAUUUCAUACUUAACUUACAAGCCAGGCUAAUUCUAAGACAUUCCUACUUCAGUGUCUUGGGAUCAUUAAAGAAGUUAAAUUCUAAGUGGUUGGGCUUAAAGCAAUAACUUGGUUUGCUUUAAUAUCGAAAACAGCAAAAUAUCUUCUAUUAUUAAAUAUAAUUAAGAAAAUUAAAAUUUAUCAGCUUAAGUCAAUAAAGUAAUUUGUCAUGAAGGUAUUAACUGUGCAAUAUCUGGUCAUGAAGAUAGGCAAAUAAGGUUCUUUGACCUUAAAUCAAAUUCUUUGAUAAAGAAUUUGAUAGGUCACACUGAUGCAGUAACUGGGCUCUCUGUUCAUCCUAAUCAGUUUUACAUGUCAUCUGUUGGUCAUGACGGAAGCAUGAGAACAUGGGAUAUUCGUAAAUACUAAUGCAUUCAUGAUAUACCUGUGCAUAAAAGAAAAUACGAUGAGUCUGCUCAUACUGUGAUGUACCAUUAAAAGUAACCUCUAAUAGCAACAGGCGGAGCAGAUGGUUUAGUUAAAAUUUUCCAUUAACAAGACAUGAUUUGA